AUGACAGUCCCCAAAGACCGCAACAAUCCAGAGAAGCAAGGUCAGGCAUCGGGUCCCGAUGAGCAUAUGGAGGUGAAAACCGAGCUCAACAGAAUACUUAAAAAAUCGCCGAUUAUUGUCUUUUCCAAGUCCUAUUGCCCCCAUAGUGCCAGGGCCAAGUCUAUCCUCCUAGACAAGUACUUAAUUGUCCCGGUGCCUUAUGUGGUAGAACUUGACCAACAUCCAUUGGGCCAGCCAUUGCAGGCACUCCUGGCGGAGAACACUGGUCGGCGCACUGUCCCUAAUGUACUGGUCAGUGGAAGAAGCAUUGGAGGCGGUGAUGACGUGACCGCCCUUGACGAGAAGAACGAGUUGGCCUCAAUAUUGAAAAAGCUGGGAGGCCAGUGGGUCCAGGAGCGACGCACAACUCGUGAUUUUCACUCCACCAAAGAAAGCGACCGGUUGCCUUUGAGGAAUUUCGAUCCUUUCGAACGACCGACCGCACGACGACAUCGACAAUUCUCCCUCGGACAUUCCACAGCCCACGCAGUCAAGAUGCGGUACAUUCAAUCCGAGGAACGGCUGCCCAUCCCCGAGAAUGUGAAGGUUCACAUUCGCUCCCGGGUUGUGACCGUUGAGGGCCCCCGAGGCAAGCUUGUCAAGGACCUCUCUCACAUCGCUGUCACUUUCGGCCGCCCUGAGAAGGAUGUAAUCUCCAUCGAGAUGCACCACGGUGUCCGCAAGGGUAUUGCUAGCCUGCGUACCGUCCGUACCAUCAUCAACAACUUGAUCAUCGGUGUCACCAAGGGCUUCAAGUACAAGAUGCGCUACGUCUAUGCUCACUUUCCCAUCAACGUCAACAUUGAUAAGAACGCUGAGACUGGCCUCUACGAUAUUGAGAUCAGAAACUUCUUGGGUGAGAAGUACGUUCGCCGUGUGACUGCCCAGCCCGGUGUUGAGGUCAUCACUUCCCCCAACGUCAAGGACGAGCUCCAGCUCUCCGGCAACUCCCUCGAGGGUGUCUCCCAGAGCGCUGCCGACAUCCAGCAGAUCUGCAGAGUCCGCAACAAGGAUAUCCGAAAGUUCCUUGACGGUCUGUAUGUGUCGGAGAAGGGUAACAUUGUUGAGGAAUAAAUGAUGACGGGGAUUGUCCGCCUUGAUGGGUAGUUUAGGAUGUCUGGAGAAUUUAAUUUUCGCCUAUUUGCAUAGGGAAGCAAAGCGGAAUUAAAGGAAAAAUCAUGGACCAUGGAAUUCAAAUGCCCCCUUUACGUGUCCACGGGUAUGGCCUUUCUCGGAUUGGGUGUAGAAAAAAACAAUCGGCCCC